AUGCCUUCCAUAACUUCAACGUGUCGGUCUGAUAUCGCGACCGAAUGCCACUCCCUCCAAUUUCACAGUCCUCCUCGCCGGUCAUCAUCUCCUACCAUGGAAGCUUCGUCAUCAAAGUACAGCUCUGCAUUAUCUGGCUUGGUCUCAGCAGCAACUGAGGCAGAGACGUUACGAAUUGGAUCCCAAUACUCGCGACUUGCUUGA